AUGAGCGCGGAGGCGUUGACAGACUUUCUGGACGAGCAGCGGGAUGCAGCACCGACGGAGCUGCAGGGGACGAUCCUGGAGAUUGAGGAUCUGUGGGAGCGCAAGCUGUGGCACCAGCUGACGGACACGCUGAUCCGGUUGUUUGACGACGAGCAGAGCGAGGCGUUGCGGCUGCCGUUCUUCAAGGUGUUUGUGCUGAAGUUUGCGGAUAAGAUCAACCAGCUCAAGUUUGUGGACCUGGCGCUGAAGGCAGCGGAGACAUGUGAAGGCAACGCACAGAAGCUGGCUUUUCUCGAGAGCGUGGCCAAGAAGGUAGACCACGAAGAUUCGCAGGAUGCGUUUGUGUUUGCGACGAUUGCGGUGGCACGGGCGAAGCUGAUGCAGCGAGACUUUGACGGCUCGCGGGCCGAGCUGGACCGGGCAGAGCGGGUGCUGGAGACGUUUGACGCAGUCGAGCAGGUGGUGCACGCAGCUUUUUACGACACCAGCGCGCUCUACUACCAGGGACGGGCAGACUUUGGGCAGUACUACCGCAACGCGCUGCUGUACCUGGCCUGUGUCGACGUGGCCGGCCUGGAUGCGGACGAGCGGCACGACCGGGCCUUUAAGCUCAGCCUGGCAGCGCUCGUAUCGCCGAGCAUCUACAACUUUGGCGAGCUGCUGCUGCACCCGAUUCUAGACUCGCUCGCGGCCGACGACGAGGACGACGCCUGGCUGCGCGCCCUGCUCUUUGCCUUCAACCGCGGCGAUCUGCGCGUAUACGAGCGGCUGGCUGACCGCAUCGCCGCCAACUCGCUGCUCCAUCGCCACAGCGCCCAGCUGCGCCAGAAGAUCUACCUCGCCGCCCUCACCGAGGCCGUCUUCCGCCGGCCGCCCCAUGCUCGUGCCAUGUCGUUCGCCGCCAUUGCGGCCGAGACCCGGGUCCAGCCGGACGAGAUCGAACACCUCGUCAUGAAGGCCCUCAGCCUCGGCCUCCUGCGCGGCACCAUCGACCAGGUCGACGAGGUCGCCCACAUCAACUGGGUCCAGCCCAAGGUGCUCGACAUGAAGCAGAUUGCCAACCUGCAGCAGCGCCUUGCCGAGUGGGGUGCCGGCGUCAACCAGCUCGGCAACUGGAUCGAGCAGGUUGGUCAGGACGUCUGGGCGGCGUAG